AUGGAGCGGAAUGUCGAAAUAGUAGAAACGGAGCACAGUGUAUUUGUCCCACUGGAACAGUUGGCAAUCCAUACGAGGAGGAAUGCCGAAAGGCUGAGGAGUGUAGAUUUAAUAGAGAUUGUCCGGCAGUUAGUAGAUGCACUGUCAUCGAUGGUACUCGCAAGUGCACAGAUGCGUGUGAAAGUGUUAAAUGUGGGCCGAAUUCUGAAUGUAUUGCAGCAAGACAUACUGGUCAAUGUAAAUGUAAAAAUGGUUACAUCGAUAACCAUAUCGUGCAAUGCAGUUGUCCUAAUAGUUUUACUGGAAGUCAAGACAUUGAAUGUGUUCGAAUCCCAAGGUUGUGUGGAGCGGCUGAGGAAUGUGAUAAUGGAUACAUGUGUCAUAACUCCAUGUGUGUACCUCAGUGUCAAAGUGACGAAGAAUGCGCUU